AUCAAAACAGAAGCGAUUCCGUGAGAAAUAUUCAAAAUUUUCGCAUUUUUGAGACUUUUGAGGCUAAAAAGGCUCUGAAAGAUGUUCACGGUGAAGACAAAUUUCGGGCAGCAUCGUGUCACAACGACUCCGAUGAAUAAAACUUACAUGUAUUCUCAAUUUCCGCAGGAUAUGCAAGUAGUUCUCACCAAAUUAGACUCGAUCGAGACGUUAUUAACGCAAUUAGUCGAUAUUACAGCAACGUUUGAAGAGCAACCGGCGCCAAAACGAGCCCGAUACGACACAAGUGGUUCGCAAAGCGCUCUUGGUUCGAUGGUUCAGGAUACCGUUCAAGACAUUCGCGAAGUAUUUUCAACCGUUUCCGGCAAUGUUUAUGAAAAUAUUCAAGUUGUUCAGGAUAUCGAUUUGUCCGAAUUUCAAGAUUUUCGGGAUUUUAUGCCGGGAAGUUCACAGAGACAAGGCGCUGCCAUGAAAAGUUCGCAAUUUAUCGCAACGCCCGAAGAAUUGGAAGCUUUUGACGAGUAUUUGAGCAUCAAUCCGGAGAAAUGUGAUCGAUUCCGAUCUUUCAUCCAUCAAAAACUCUUUAAAUGCAACGACAUGGAAAAACUCAUUCGAGAUUUGAUCGCCGACGAGCUAUUUCUCGAAUAUAACUAUCAAGGAAGUCUCGGAAAGCGUGCUUUGGCGAAUAUGAUCCUUUUUGAACAGAUUUUAUUUCAAACUUGCUUCAAUGGGGAAAAUCAAGAGGAUUAUAUCAGCGAAAUAAAGAAAAUUAUUCAUCGUGCCAAGAAUCGGAUUUAUAAAAAUCGAAGUUUGAAUAAAGCUAAAGAAGCGUUGGAAGCGGAAAUACGAGAAAUUAAUCCAGAAAAUCCAAUAAUUGAGAGUGAAGCGGAGACGUUGAGUAAUACUUUCGUUGUUGCGUUACAAAGUGAUCAAUUUGGGUCUGACAUGUAUCCGAUAACGGAUCCUUUGAAACUGGAAGCUCUUGAUAAAGUACUCAGUGAGGAUUUGGAGAAGCAAAGACAAUUUAAACAAUUUCUGCGACAAUUGAUGGUAAAACACGAAGACCCCGACAAAGUUUUGUUAGAAUUGACAUCUGCUGAGCUCUAUUUAAAGUACAAUUAUUCAGGAACUGCCGGAAAAAGACCUUUGAAGGACAUGAUUUUGUUUGAUAUGCUCUUUUUUGAAACCUGUUUUAAGGACAUUUCUCAUGCUGAAUAUAUCGCAGAAUUGAAGAGAAUUAUCCUUCGUAACAAAAAUCGCGCAUACAAAUCAACAAAAAUGAGCGUUGAUGCCCCAAAAGAAGCCGUUGUAACAACCGACGACGACGAAUCCAUGGACAAAUUCGAAUCGUGGCUCUUUGAAGAUCUUUCGCAGAACGAUUUGGCAAUCUCAAAAGUGUUUCCCAUCUCUUCUGCGCAACGUCUCGAGUCACUUGACACAGCAUUGAAGGCGAGUUCUGAUCUCCAACAGUUGCUGGCGAUGCAUUUGUCGCGUCUCAACGAUCGUUUUCACAGUUUGGAUAAAGUUAUUCAGCGAAUUGUGACGGACGAGGUUUUCAUGGAUUACAAUUACGCCGGAGUUUGGGGCAAAAAAAUGCUCAAAGACAUGGUUUUGUUCGAUAAAUUGUUGUACGAUGCGUGUUUCAAGGCGCAACCGAUGCCAAUUUACAUCAAAGAACUCGUGCGUUGCGUGCAAGUGUCGAAAAAUCGGAUUCAUCGAAGAAAUGCGGAACGGAAGAAGAAAGGAAUUGUCGUGCAAGAAAACGAGGAAAAUGUUGCGCAAUUGGAAAGUUUGUUGGUAGAAGAUGCCUUGGAGGAAUUUGUUGAAGAGCUGAACAUGUUGGAGGGAAAAACAGACUUGAAUGACUCGAAAUUGUUCCCGAUUCAAACAGCGGCGAAUUUGAAGGCGUUGGAUCGAUGUCUUCAAGCUGAUGCGGAUCGAAGACAGAGCUUUACUCAAUUCGUGCGUAAAUUAGGCCCAAAUAUGGAACGAGCAAUCGAGCGAAUGAUUAAAGACGAAAUUUUCCUCGAAUACAAUUUCCAAGGCAUCAAAGGAAAGAAAAGUCUCUGCGAUUUGGUACUUUUCGAUCAAGUCCUGUACGACGCUUUUGGUCAACACGAGAACGCUACUUUCCAAAAAUAUGUCAAACGCAUCAAACGUUAUUCGCGUCGUGCAAGCAAUCGAGUCAACAAAAAACGCUCGAUGAAGAGAAAAAUGUUGCAUCAACCAAGCGGAAGCCAAAUCGUGCAAGAAAUUGUGAACGAAGACGGAAUUAUAAUUACAGAGAACAUUGAACUGAUCGACAACGAGGAAAUUGUAACAGAAGCAGAAACGGAGGAAGAAUCCGAAGACGACGAUUCAUCAUAAGAUUUUUAUUUUUUAAUUAAUUUCUUAAAAUUAAGUUUAAAUUUUGUUUGCUCAAAGA